CUCGAACUCGAAAACAAAUCACUCCGGAAAAGACUGGACAUCCUUAUCCCCGCGCGUCGGAAUUCGGAGCGGAGCGAAGACAGCACGCUGAGUGAUCAGACGAUACAGAUACUCACCGAGCAAGAACAUAUCCGCACCGACCUGGAGAGAUUGUUUGCCGCGCUCACAGAUAUGGACAUCAAGCAGAGCAUGUUGACGAUGCACAUGAGCGAUAAUAUGAGGACGCGGGAAGAGGUCGCGAUGAUUGGGGCCGCCGUUAAUAAUCUGCGUUCGCAGCUCCACGGACUCCAG